AUGGAUGUAUGUGGUCACACAACACUCUUGUGUGAAUACAAAGAAAAGAUGUACGUUUUGCGAUUUUAUGUCAUUGAUAGUGAUGAAUGCCCCAUACUUGGAUUGAAAGCUUGUCAAGAAUUGAAUCUCAUCCAACGAGUGAAUGAAAUGAAACUAACCACAACUGAAUCCAUAAUGCAAGAGUAUGCAGAUGUGUUUGAUAAUAAGACACUUGGAUGCCUGCCAGUACAGCAUACAAUCAACCUUAAAGAGGACGCUAAACCAGUAAUCCAUGCACCGAGGAAAAUUCCUGUCGCUAUACGCAGUAUAGAUGUCGCUAUAUGCAACAUCUAG